UAAACUCCCAGAGGAUUUAAGACUUGCCCCAACUCUGAGCACCUUUAAAACAAGACUGAAGACUUUUAUGUUUGCUAUAGCCUUCUGCUAAAAUCUUAAAUACAUUGCACUUUCUAAAAAGCUUUUAACUUUGCCUCUAUUUUUUUUUUUUUAAUACUAAAAUGCCUUUUUAAUUUACCCAUUUCUUUGCAUAUGUUUUUCUUUUACUUAUCUAUUAUUAUUUUAUUUUAUUGUAUGACAAUGUUUAUAUGUGAAGCACUUUGAGUCUGCCUUGUGUAUGAAAAGUGCUAUAUAAAUAAAGUUGCCUUGCCUUGCCUUGCCUUGUAAUCGUUCUGCAGCAUAUCAUGUCCCUUGUUGGGUUGCUAAGCCAUUAUUUAUUGAGAAUCUAGUUCGCCAUCGUAGAAGAGCUGUUUGUUUGUGUUGUUAGUGGUUCGGGGGGCAGCCUUUAUGCGCAUGCUCGCCUCUUCUUCUUCUGGAUUUGUGUACCAGAAGCAGCGCCCCUUAUGGGCCUGGAAUGUUUACUACAGCGUUUCUACAGAUCCAUCCGGUUUCGCUUGGCUUCGUCUUUACGGAAAUACUUCGAAACCGGAUAGAUCGAAACCGUAACGGUUUCGCCGUUUUGGCUUCGUGUGGACGGGGCCUUAAACAGGCAAUACACAACACCAGUAGUGUCGUCACUGACACCCAGUUCGUAACAUUCAUCAUACUGCAGAAGCAAAGGGUGUUUAUCAGCGGGCCAGUGGCUCAAUCACUACCGUUUAAAAUACAUACAUUUGCUGGAAAAUCAUUUUUUGAGUUUUUGAGACACAAAAACGUAAUUCAACUACUGUCUUGUGAGCAGUAGAGAUGAAUCACUUCACACCACUGUGUAUAUGUUCAACAGGCGACACUCACAACGUGAACCCCAAACCCAAAGUGCAUCAGUGCAUCAUUUUUCUGAAUGAAUAUGAGUGAUUGCAGUCAGGCCUGAAAUGAAUACUAUUUGAUGGCACUCAGCGUGUAGCCAUGGGCUCGCCGUUGGACUGGGAACAGGCUGUAUUUGUUUGGUUAUUUAUUAUAAAUGUUUACAGGUAAGAGCAAGCGUUUAUGAUUUAUAAAUAUGUGUCAUCAUGUCAUCGUCUGUCUGUCUGUCUCUGUUUCUCAUUGAAAAAGGGAGAGAUAUAGAUGUGUUUUUCAGAUGUCCAUACACACACACACACACAUACACAUACGCAUACACAUACACAUACACAUACACACACACACAUUCACUUUUUCAAUUGACCCACAACCAUAGUUAUUAAGUGUAAAAGUUGGAAAUGUCUAUUUAUAUGAAAAACCAAACACAAUUAUUUGCUCAUGGUUUAUAUACACCUUCAUCAGAUGGUGUUAGAGGGGCCACCACAGCAUUGUGUUCUGUGUAGAUGGCUUCAUCAUCACCAACCCAGAAACCCUCUUCUUCUCUCUCCACCCCCGACCCUCCCCACCCAGAUCAUGGCCCUACACAAGCAUCACUUCAACUCCAGCUUCCUGUACCGGAACGUGACCCUGGUGGCCUGGGACCCAGCGCCCUACUCCCUCAACCUGUCAGAGUGGUAUGAGAACCCGGACUUCGACCUCUUCACGUCGUACGUGAGGUGGAGGCAGGACCGGCCGGACCAGCCCUUCUACAUCCUCCACCCCGCCUACCUGUGGCGCCUGUGGGACGUGAUCCAGUCCAACACCCAGGAGAACAUCCAGCCCAACCCGCCCUCCUCCGGCUUCAUCGGUACGGCCCUCCACACACACAGCGCCAGACCCCAACCCAUAGGCCGUAGGACGAAAGGAUGCAGAGACCGGGACUGUAGAGAUUGUAGAGACCCCAAUCCACAGGCCGUAAAACCUGAGGACGCAGAGACCGGGACUGUAGAGACCGUAGAGACCCCAACCCACCGGCCGUAGGAGCUGAGGACGCAGAGACUGGGACUGUAGAGAGCGUAGAGACCCCAACCCACAGGCCGUAGGAGCUGAGGACGCGGAGGCUCGGAUGUAACCCAUUGGUUGACACACAACAGGCUCAGAGGCGGUUGAUUCGCCUUCUACGGAGCGAUGCUGUUGGUGUGAUUUUGCAACCAGCAGCAUUUCUUUUCCGUAUUUGUUCGAUUUAGGUCAUUAAUUGUUAAUAAUUAUAAUUUGUUAUUUUUCAUUCAUAAUGACCAAUAUAAAUUACUAUUAAUAAUAAAUAUAAAUUGUUAACAUAAAAAAGUAUAGAUUAUAUUUAGGAAAUAUAAAUGGUCAAAAACUAAAUUCAUAACAUGGAGUUGACCUGACCACAGUGGCGGGCCGUACUAUAAGGCAAACCAGGCAUUUGCCUGGAGCCCCGGGCCCCAUAGAAGGUUUGUGGGGGCCCCCAAAAUGCCCCAAUGCAUAUAUUUUGUCCCCAUAUUUAUAAUUUUUAUAAAAAUCUCUUCACAAUAGUAGCAUCGGGAUGUCUAAUUACUCAUGUUUUGACGAUUUUUCCGUGUGCACCCCCCUUCAGUCUGCACUACAUGGACUAUUCCAUGUAGUGCGCACAAUGAAGUCAAAUUCACAACAGUAAGCGGUAAGAGAGAGAGAGAGAAAUCGAGUGAGACAUAAAUCGAGAUUAUCGAGUGAAACAUGAAGCGAUCGUACGAAAGCGGGUCACAUAAAAAGAAGAAGAAAGACCAAAGGCAGGACUUUCUUUCAAAGCUACCAAAGCUAUCCAGCUUUUUUACAGCCACCGCAGUGUCAGCGGGACCGUCGGAGGAUCAAGAGCAGCCGUCAACGUCGUUUGCCGUCACGUUACUGCUCCUUUCAUUCCAAGUGGCUCUGGCUCAGCCAGCAGCGAUGCUAAUGACGUGUGUCAACAAACUGACGGAGAUGAUGCACAACUGGUAGUGAAUAUUUCUCACUCUCCUUCUUCCACUUCGGUUAUUGAAAUUGAUGACAAUAACGAUAACAAUGACUGCGAGACACAUAUUCUUGUGGAUGACCCAGCACUCUGGCCCAAGCUGCUGUGUCUUGGGCAGGUGCACACAUAUUCUUGUGGAUGACCCAGCACUCUGGCCCAAGGGCCGCAGAUUCACAAAAGCAUACUAUUACAUAGUAAUGAAAAAUGGUGAGAGGGUGAACAGGUCUUGGUUAGUCUACAGCAGUCAUACUCAAGUAGCGGCCCGCGGGCCUUUUGUGGCCCGCGGGGUGUCUAUUAAUGGCCCUCGAGCUGUUUUGAAAAGUUUUUUUAAUUAUAAAAAAAAAAAAAAAAAAAAAAAAAUCGUGCUGGGCGCUCUUAUUUUGAAACCGCGCGCCGCGAUCUCAAUACGAGGCUGGGGGUUGCAACGAUAAACAGAUAGCACUCCAGCCCACAGACCGCUCCAGCCCUCCCAAACUCGAGGCAGACAGUCCAUCUCAACAGCAGUCAAGGCCGAUUUAGGGUCGUUUAAGACGCAGAGACGUAAGCACGUAAUUUACACAAGGGACUUGUUUUAGACAAGUUUUGAUUUACGGUUCCUUUAAGGUUCCUUAAGGAUUGCGCGUGUUGCAAGGGGAUUCUCCGCCAGAACAGUAGGGGGAGCAACGAACGAAUCUGUGGGCGUGGAAGUGGAAAUCGCUGGCUUGUAUAUAUUUAUAAUUAUCAUAAUUCGUUCUUGUGUUUUCUUCUUCUCCUUCUUCAAAAUUCUUCAUUCGCUUCUGUCACAGCCUUUUAAAAUUGGCGCUAUUAUGCUGUAAAACCGGAAAUGUGAGACUCCUGAAAGGAUGUGGUUAGCUGGCCAAUCACAGGCUUUGCGAGCUGCGUAGGGCCGUAGUGUUUCAGUCGCAUAGUCAGGAAUUUUGGCCGACGCACUUAAGCACGUAAGGGGGGAUAUUUUACCGCGCAAGGGGGGGUUAUGUAUCUUACGUGCUUACGCGUUCCGUCUAAAACAGAGCAUAUAUCGGCCUCAGUCACACGUAUACCGACCGGCCCCUUGAGUCACUGAAAAAAAAAAUUGUGGCCCCUCAUCAUUUCUACUUGAGUAUCCCUGGUCUACAGUGAAAGUGCAGACAGUGUUUUUUGCUUUUGUUGUUGCCUUUUUGGAAAACAAAAACACCUGAGUGAGGAAGGAUUUAAAGAAUGGAAUAACCUUGCAAUGCAUCUAAUCAACCAUGAAAGGUCUGAAGAGCACAGGAAAAAUACUGAUAGCUGGAAGCAGCUAUCAGUAGGUUUCCAGUAUUGGUAACCCUCAGGUAAAUGAUGACAUAAGGUUAACAGUCAGUGUAAUGUGUCAACAUAACGAAUCUUAUUGUUUUGUAUGUUAUUCUCAAUUUUUAAAUAGAUAAUUAACAUUUGCAUGAAAGAAGGAUAGUGACUUUUGUUCAUCCCUUGUAUGGAGUAUCUCAUUAUGCCAUAUAUUAUGCGAUAUAAGGUACAUUAGACCGGUAGAUGCAGGGGCCCCCAAAUGACUGUUCGCCUGGAGCCCCCAAAGGGCUAAGUUCGCCACUGCCCAUUGAGAACCUAACCAAAAAUGAUGGUGGGCCACACUUCAUCCGAUCACGUCAACCCCGACGCGGUUCUCUCCCAACACGCGUGUGAGGACAAUUGAAGUUUCCCGUUGUUAAAGACUGAGUGUUUCGUAUGUAGUCCUGAGCGUGAAAAAAUGAAAUAGUGAGCCCCGGCAUCGAUCGGCUAAUAUCAGAUUGUGAGUGUCGGCAUUGAUGAACCUGCUAAGAGCAGGCUCACAACCUGCUCUUAGCGGAACGAAGAGCAGUUCAACAAACUGUUCUUCGAUGAACAGGCCAAAGGAGAGGUGUUUUGGAGUGUGUGUGUGUGUGUGUGUUGACUGAUGGACUUCAUUGAUGACCGGACCUCUGGAGACCAGAACCUCUUAUAGUCAGGAAACACUUUCACGGUCCAUAUAUAAUGAU